GUUUCAUACUUCAAUAAAUUAUUUUUCUCAGUCAACCAUAAAUAUGUCUACUGUGGCAGACACAAAUAGGCCUACAGUACUUUUUCAUAUUUUUUUCCUAUGAAACCAGACCAACAGCUUGUUAUGGGCCUGUUAUGAGUGGAUUAGCAAUCACGUUUAUCCAGAGCCCCUUCCAGGAGGCGGGGUUGGGGAAUUUGAUUAUGUAAACAUUGAAUGAAACAACCAGGUAGAUCAGUUGUUAUUAAGGAAUAUACCAAAUAUUCCCCCACACUUUGAAAAUGUUCCCGACCUGGGAAAGUUUUGGGGAAUUCAAAACAGUUGAUUCAUACCAUCACCCAGUUAGGCAAGUGCUGCAUAAUGCUAAUUUGUUCAGACUAUAACCUCCAGCAUGUUUACCUUAAAAUGUAUUGUUUCCUGUCAUCAGUUAGUCCAUUUAACAGAUCAGUUGGUCUAUUAACAGGAUUCUCAUAAAAAAGUCUUCACAAUGAGUGUAUUGUUCAACAUGUAAUGGUAUAUAGGUGUGCAGGACAAUACAAUGCAGCCACAGAAACUGAAAGCAACACUGACUGUGGUGUCUACAAUCAGGAAAUGGGAAAUUCCCUGCUCCAGCACCACUCUAUAUCGUUUGGUAGACGGUCAAUUGUAUGGAUAUUGGUGGUUGGUUGACGAACUGUGACUUACAGUAUUCCUCAUUUGGACUACUGUACAUGUACUUGCUACAUCCUCUCAAGAUAUUCCAUCAUCAUAUCCACCUACUUGGAUUCUGACUAAGGACCAGUUGAGUUCAGCAGUGGUCCCUUUUGUGGCAAUCAGUGUGUCAGGCAAUCAACCCAGAAGAAAACCAUGAAGAAAUUCAACUUCAUGAGCAGAAAGAGUAAGCCAUUGGGGAUAGAGGACGGGAGUCCUCUGAUUAAGAACAGUACACUGCCUACAGAUGAAGAGGAACAAACCGGGAAUGUGGGACAUGGGAAUCCCUACUUGGAGAAUGGCUUUAACAAUCAUCAGGAGUUGGGCAGUCAGGGGGGUCAGGAGAACGGACAGUCAUUGCUCAGUGUACUUGCAGAAGCUUUGAGGGUCAGCCAUGUUGGCCCUCAAGAGAGACUUGAAGCUAAUUUGGAGGGGCCACCAGAAGAGAUUAUGUGCCAUGAGGCUCAGAAGAAGGACGAUACACACCCAGAAGUCUUGCUCCAGAGGUACUUUCAUCUUAUUGAAGCGUCUGUGGACAAACACUUCCCCAAACUGCCAGCAGGGAACACUGUGAAUCAGCUGGAGGGCUACCUGAUAAAAGUGCAAAUAACUGUGCAAGGGGAGCUUCUGAGGUUGGCACCCCUGCUCAAAGAGGCUCAGUUGCGGAAGCAUUUGAUUGCUUGCUAUCAUCAGCGUAUGUUUGACUGUCUACAGCAGAUCCUUCAGCAUGUCAACACAAAAAAAGAGGCCUUCACAGUUCUUGACUGGGUACUACGCACAUACUUGAGUGAGGAGCUGCUAGGACACCCCAACAUCUGGGGUGAGGCUCUACAUGCAGUUGACCUUCUCCUUCUGACAGACUGGAUCCCACAAGCUGAGAAUAAACUCUUGGCCAUUGUGCAGGAGGACAUCUCCACAUCACUGAGGAGGAUCCUUCAGAACGAGGAGUCAGGUAGAGAGGUGUGUGUCUCUGGAGAGGAGGCCUUUAUCAAACUGCAUCUGGAUGUCAUCCAGUGCAUCAAUGCUGUUCUCCAGAAAGCAAAGAUGAUGAGCCAAACUCUGAUGCGCAAGGUCCAAAUAGUCUGUUGGCAAGAGCUACAGGACUUUGUGGAAAGGUAUGUCAAUAUUGAAAAGAAGCACCUUCAGAAACAAGCAGGAAGGGGAACGUCAGGUACAAUGCACUUCUUUAAAACGUUCAACACCUGCAUUGAACUCAAGUUGUAUAUUUCAAGGAUUGCCAAAGAUGACACAAGCUUAGACUGUGUUAAAACCAUAUCAACACUUAAGGGGUUGGAGGCUCUUUCUUGGAAGCUUCUCCUGGAAAAACCAAUUCAACUUGCACAGAUUUCCUUGAAGAAGUAUUUCAAAAAAGAGGAUGAACAAAUGGAAAAUCUAAUGAAAGAGAUUACAUUUAUUUUCCAAGACCUUCCCAAAGACAAGGAUACGCAAAAGACUGUGAUUAGCAAAGCCUAUCAGUGCAUCACCCUUCUGUACCUCCAACACCUGGUGCAGAGUAACCAUGGGAAGCUGGUGAAGAGAUGGGAUUAUGUGAACAAAAGAGUGAUGCAUGAUGCCGAGCUCCUUCACUCCAUCUUCUCAGUCCUGAAUCCUGAUGUUAAACAGUGGAACAUCAUACUGAUUAAAGUGAGAGAAGUGCUGGAAUGCAGAGACAUUGAAAGUCUCAAGAUAAUAGUCAGUGAGAUACUGAGGGACAAUGCCAGUACAAGUGCUGCUGAGCACCUUCCAGCCCUGCUGCGCUGGAAGGGAGGCCUGUCAUGGAGACUGACCCGGGAGGUUCUGGAGGCAAGCCAGGAAGUGUACCCCAUUGACCUCUCCCAAACCAGGUCUGCACCCUGGUUUGACUGCCUUCUUUGCUGCUGAGUGUGUGAACUGGGACGUCUCAGGCAAAGGACAAUAACGACCCCACUCUAACAACAUGACAACACAAUAUUUGGAACUAUGUCUUUGUCAACUUUUUAAAGAUAUUGUAUGGCAAGUUAUUAUUUAAUGUCUUAAAGAAGAAGAAAAAUACAUAUUUGAAAUUGGAAUUAAAA